UUGAAACACCUGUACCAACUUACAUCCGCAUUUUGCUCAACUAGGGCGCUACUGAAUUGAGCAUUGAUCCCGCCACUUGAGCUCCUGCUCGACUAUGCCGCUAAUUUACGCUUUUGUGGCUCGAGGGACCACUGUCCUUGCAGAGUACACGCCCUACUCGGGCAAUUUCAACACUGUCGCGAUAGAAUGCCUUCAGAAGUUGGCCAACCCGGAGCCUAAAUUUACGAUUGCGUGCGACCGGCACACCUUCAACUUCCUCGUGGCUAACGGAUUCACCUACCUGGUGGUUGCGGAUGAAGCAUAUGGACGUCAAAUUCCGUUCGCGUUCCUGGAGCGGGUGCGGGACGAGUUUGAGGAGAAGUACGCGGAGAAGGCGCGCACGGCAGCGGCGCUCUCCAUGGACCGGACCUUCGGGCCACGGCUGAAGUCGCACAUGGAGUACUGCAUGGAUCACCCGGAGGAGAUCUCCAAGAUUGCAGCUGUGCAGAAGAAGGUGAACGAGGUGAAGGACGUGAUGGUGGAGAACAUUGAGAAGGUGCUGGAGCGCGGCGAGAAGAUCGAGCUGCUGGUGGACAAGACCGACGACCUGCGCAACCAGGCGGAGCAGUUCCAAAAGAAGGGACGGCAGCUGCGGAACAAGAUGUGGUGGCAGAACUGCAGGAUGAAACUGAUCGUGCUGUUUGCAAUCCUGUUGCUGGCGGUGGUCAUCUUCCUUCUGGUCUGCUUCACCGGUGGCAAGAACUGCACCAAGUAGGGCAGCCCUGUAUCGUCCUGGGCCCUGCUCACGCGCCGGGAGGGGUCCAGGAAGGGAUGAGAGGCGGUCACGUCCGACCGGCAGGCAGGCCUGCUGGAGUCUGGCACAGGGCAUCAUAGCAGCUGUACCAAGGCGAGGAGCCGAUGGAGCCGGGUUGUCAACAUGGGUUUCUGGGUAUAAAGCAUCACACCCUACAGACCACGCUUGCCCGGACGUCGUGCCCCUAUGCGGUCGGCACGACGCCGGGCGCUUGGCGUGAUGACGGUCGCCUCGUGUGGCAGGUACCCAGCCGGGUAAUGCGUGCCGGUACUGGGCGCCGGGUGUGGACUGAAGCUGCCCAGUGGCAGCAAGAGUGCAGGUGGCAUGCAAACACGGUGCGAGGGGGCUGUCGGCGAAAUCAUGUUGUGUGACGGCGUGUCUGUGUGUGUCAAUGAGCACGCAGGUUGACUUAAUAGAGAGUCGUGCUUCGGCAAGUGCGCGACCAUAUUAGCACCUCCAGGGACCAGAUUCUCCCGCUCGAGGCUGAUUUAUAGCUAACAAUGCUUCACCGCUAACGCAAUGCGUGGCGGCCGCUGGUGUUUGGUCGAUGGUUCUUUGUUCUUUGCGUGUGGCUGUAGGACUAAGGUCAAGAGAGGGAACUGAAACCUUGCCUGUCCAGGCAGGGUGCGGGGGCAAGCUACAUGCAUGCAGUAUGGGAGGGCGUAGGUAGAACAUUAAAAGGGCAAAAGAAACUAGUAGUGCUCCAUAUGCUGCUGUUUGGGGAGUUAUUGGGGGAAGGACGAUGCUCAAGGGGCAUGUUUUGGCGGGUAGCCUGCACUUGCGGUUGGGGCAUCCAUGCAUGACCCCUGCAGUAUGUACGGUAUAGCAUAACUGUAGGGAUACUACACCAGUGGUUGUGUACGGUAUGCAACGUCCUUGCAUGAUGAUGGCCAGUUGCGCCGGGCGGCCGGGGCGACGCUUUAGCCGUUUAGGCUAUCUAGGCCGGGUGUGCCCGAAUGUAAGGCGCAGCCAUG